ACGACCGUGGGGAGCUGACCUCAGACUCCUCUGGGCUUUGGCGCAGGGAGAUUUCUCCUUUCCUCCUGGUUUUCUGGACCUGGACCUCUGAGACUGGUGGUUUGUGGAUGUUUCAAGUUAAAGGAUCUAACAAAUUCUGGUGAUUCGCCCACAAAAAGUGCCAAGACGCUGAGCCGCUGCAGGAUGCGCAAAUAUGUGAUUUGGAACGGAUUAUUCUGAAGGAAAAAAACGAUGGAUAUUGUUGGGCGUGUGAAUGUGAAAGAUUUUUUUUCGUACUUCCACUGGACACCUGUUCUUUUGAAGCGCAGAGCAGCUGGACAUCAACUUGACCUGAGUUAGGUUUGAUUGAUGAGCUUUUUGAUACUUCAAACUAUUUUCCCCGCAACUUGGACUUAAACAAGUUUUAUGGUCACUUUUAUAUUAGUUUGAAAAUCAGCCCCUCGCUCACCUACAGUGAUUUGCACUGAAUGUAGGAGCAGAGUAAGCUUUAGUCUGUGCCUCAUCUCACUCAGGAGUUAAAAGAUCAUUUAAGUUUUCUAGGCUCCUGGUUCGCUCUUUUACUGGGGCUGUGGUGGUGGCCAGUUCUCCCGAGGGAUGAUUCUGGGCUCCCGUGGCCAGGGAGCGACAGCCCGGCUCCUGCAGUGGACCAUCGCCUCGUUCUGGUGCCUAUGCAGCGGAUCUGAGAGGAGAUGAGAGCUUCGAUUUACCACCUCCUCGCCGGCUGCCUCUGCCUGUUACGCACCGCUGCUGAGGAGUCCCCUCUCCCCCGGGAGCUGUUGGAGCGGCUCUCCCGCAGCGACAUCCGCAGCAUCAGCGACCUCCAGCGGCUGCUAGAGCUAGACUCCGUAGAGAACGAGGUGAUCGAGGAGACCAAAUACAGCUACCACAAGGACUCCUCUCACAGCUUCCCUGACCUGAAGAGAGCACACACACACACUAGACACAGGAGGAGCACUGUGGUGGAAGAGGCCUUGCCAGCUGUGUGUAAGGUGCGGACGACGAUCUAUGAGAUCCCCAGGAGCCAGGUGGACCCCACCUCGGCCAACUUCAUCAUCUGGCCGCCCUGCGUCGAGGUGAAACGCUGCACUGGCUGCUGCAACACCAGCAACAUGAGGUGCCAGGCAGCCCGCAAGCACCACCGCACGGUCAAGGUGGCGAAGGUGGAGUACGUGCGACGGCGGCCCAAGCUGAGGGAGGUGCAGGUGAGGCUGGAGGAUCACCUGGAUUGCAUGUGCACCAACAAACGCCACAUCAGCCCAAACUCAGACACAGACAACGGCAUCAGGUGAAUAGAGAAGGAUAGAUGAAGGAGUGGAGGAGGAAAAAAAAAAACGACAAGAAGCACAAAACAAGGACAAGCACCUUUUGCCUCUAACAUCUUCACCACCUGGCAGCAAGUGACUGUGAAAGGUUUGAUGGAAUUUAUUUUGAGCAGUGAACCUUUGGGAGGUUUGACCGAGAA